AUGUCUCGCUACCAACUUGUGUUUGGGAUGGCUUGUCACUUUCCUGUACAGUUAGAGCAUAAAGCAAUGUGGGCACUAAAGAAGUUGAAUCUAGAUUGGGAUGAUGCAUCAAAUCAGAGAUUGAAUAAGUUGAAUGAACUUUAUGAGUUUUUCCUAAAAGCAUAUGAAAGUACAGCCUUGUAUAAAGAAAAGAUGAAGAAGUACCAUGAUCAAAAGAUCGAAAAGCAUGAAUUUGCUUCCGGUGAUUUAUUACUUCUUUUCAAUUCAAGGUUGCGCUUAUUUCAUGGCAAGCUCAAAUCAAAAUGGACUGGACCAUUUAGAGGUGUACAAGUAUUUUCCCACGAAGCGGUUGAACUUGAGAAUGAGAAGGGAACAAGAUUCAAGGUGAAUGGUUAG